AUGGGGGGCGCACUGUGUAUAGUCAAGCGUCAUGCGAGCAGUCACCGUGCUCAGCCCGUAGCUUCUCAGCCCUUCACUCAAGAGUCAGAUGGCACCUCCAGGGACGUCCUGCGGCUCCGCUCUGCCGCGUCUCCGGACACGCCUGCUGUGCCAGGGCCGCCGGCGUUGAAGAGUGUACGGACAGCGGCGCGGGGUCAUAGCGUAGGGUCGAGUUCGGACAUCACGACGUGCAAAAACUCUGUCAGUAACUACCCGCACUCUGCGCUGGGCGGUUUCGUGCGACCAUUGUUUCCCUCAUCCUCCUCGUCCAUGGUGAACUCGCAGUCGACGCGAGCCCCGCCCCACGUGCCGUCUAUCGGGAUGACGGAAGCCACGGCAACGGCGGUCCCGCACUCCGUGUCCUCGAUUCCGGAGAUGGAGAUGUCCGUGAAUAGCUCUUGUAGUGCCUUCUCCCUGUACUCCGCAGAUAGCUCGGCGCACGAGUUGCCGCUCCCGCCACCACCGCUCCUCGAGCGCGCUACGCCCCUGCAAGCUGUACCAACCACAGCGGCAGCGUCAGCAACGCGUAUAAAAGCAUCCGGCAAUGCUGCACAGUACCCCAGCGACAUUUCGAGCGCGUCUCUCAUGACGACAAGCCUUUUGCCAAACACCGCCACCCCGCCCACGAUGCUGCCGGACACAUCGAUGCCUGUGAGGAACUACUUCGUGCCACAGAACUUCCGCAAACACAGCGGCACGGCUGCGAGUCAAAGCCCUGGCAAGAUGCCAGAGAGCGAUCCUAUGCAGUCGGUUGCAGGAUCCUUCGCGGCAUCGUCUUCAAUGACGGCUACCGCAGCCGCAGCGCACAUCGUGUCCAGUGCCUUGCUUGACUUCAGCUUCGACUCACGUGCUUUUGCCGUCAACAAUGCAGCCACCUCCACGGAGAUACAGCGCCUGGGCGUCCGACUUCGGGAGCUGCAGCGCGGGCACCACGAGCUCGGCGCGGCUAAAGAAGUCUCAGCUCUAUUGUCUUCAAGAAACAGUGGCAGCAACAGCGCCUCAUGUACGCAGAAUCUUUUUGAGAAUGCCUCGAAGGGCAUCAGCGAAGCCCUCCCAGGCGCGUCCACGGCGUGCCUCGAGCUGUCACCGAAGUCGGUCGAGCCUUCGUUGUCCGCGCAGGAGGUUGCACGCAAGCAGCUGCACGACGAAACGGUGAAGUUUGUGAGCCUUAUUCAGGAAAUGCAUGAGGCGCGUGCAGCUGGGCAAGCAGGUUACACGUGGUUUCGCUGGGAACCCGUGCCGCCUAAUACGAGCAGCGGCAGCAGCAGCGGCGGCGGCAGCGGGCCCGGUGAGGUAGGGGCAAGGAGUAGCGAUAGGACUGGUGCAUCGCCGCCGCCGGUCCCGGAAAAGUCACCAUUGUCUGGAAACCGGUGUGAAGAUGUGCCUGUCGGCAACACUGCCAAUUACUUGCGUCACCGCAGUUUGUUGCGCCGGCGUGAUCGAACUUCCACGCGUGUGCAGUGGCUGCCGUUCGAGAUGCGCGAAUCGGACUUUCGGACGGGCACUUCCAUAACACCAGUGUGCUUCUGCGGCUACCAGUCGACAGCGGUGCCCGCCGACGGUGCUGGCGCCACACACGGCUGUGAGCACUAUCCUGUCAUGGGCACGGACGUCCUGACGACACACUUAGAACACCUUCUCGAGGCAGGAGCAUCGUCGGGAGCCAUCCUCUCUGUUGCCGACACUCCGCCACUGCCGUCCGUCACCCCCUUAGCCCGACGCACCUCCACGCUGGGCGCGGAUGUCGACAAGGACAGCACACAUUAUUUCAACGACUCGAAGGGGCCUCUUAGCUCCAGCGCCGGCACCAUGUCCACCUCCUCGCAUUCCUUCUCGAGCGACAGCAUAUCUUUCUGCCCCAUUCACGUUGCCCACCGUCCUGCUAGUAUUCUCGUCUCCGCGAAAGGGAAGCGAUGUGAGAGCGGCAGCUUCCCCUCGCUGCCGCGGCGAUCUCUGUUGGAGCCGACGCAGAUAGACGUGCCGGCGACCGCCACGACUGGGUUGGUCCCUGCAAAGCUUGCUUCAGCACAGUUACCGCCUCUUGACCCGCGGCGCUCAACUGGUGACGGAUCUGCUUGUGAAUCGGGUCGGCGGCUGAUUAUCAGUGCCGGCGUGCCGCACCGCAGGCAGCUGGCCAAGAGAGCGCUGGAGGACAACAAGCUGUUCUUUGAAAUGUUCUCGCGGCAGAAAAGUUUCUCCUAA